AUGCAGAUCAACAAAUUCUUCGUUCUUACAGUACUUGGUCUUGCGACCUCCGUCUUGGCUCAAGACGGAAAAUGCACAGCCAAAGGCGAAUGCCAGGAGACCAAGAGUGGCGACAAGCUAUUCUGCACUUCCGGCAGCUGCGCCCAAAAGCAAGGACAGACGUGUCGGAGAAGCGGAAACUCUGCCAACUGCCCCAAAUGA